CAAUUUCAUCCACAAAAAAUCAUCCAAAUUCUAUAUGUACCUAUUCUCAUCCUCAUCUUCCUCAUUCAACCAACACACACACAUACAUAGAGCCAUGGCUUCUUCAUCUUCUCUCACUCUCUCUCAAGCUAUCUUUUCUCCUUCUCUCCCUCGCCAUGGCUCGUCUUCUUCUCCUUCUCUCUCAUUCCCCACUUUCUCUGGCCUUAAAUCCACCCCUUUCACUUCCUCCCACCGCCGUGUUGUUCUUCCUUCCACUACUUCCGUCACUAAACAACAUCUUCCUGUUCGGGCAUCGGCAGCUGUAGAGACUUUGGAGAAAACUGAUGCUGCUCUUGUUGAGAAAUCUGUUAACACUAUUCGAUUUUUGGCUAUUGAUGCUGUUGAAAAAGCAAAUUCAGGUCAUCCCGGUUUACCCAUGGGAUGUGCUCCUAUGGGUCAUAUAUUGUAUGAUGAAGUUAUGAAGUAUAACCCCAAGAACCCUUACUGGUUUAAUCGUGAUCGAUUUGUUCUAUCUGCUGGUCAUGGUUGUAUGCUACAAUAUGCUCUUCUUCACCUUGCUGGUUAUGACUCUGUUCAGGAAGAGGAUUUGAAAAGUUUUCGUCAGUGGGGUAGUAAAAUGCCUGGUCACCCUGAGAACUUUGAGACACCUGGUGUCGAAGUCACUACUGGUCCUCUAGGGCAAGGUAUUGCAAAUGCUGUUGGCUUGGCUGUUGCAGAGAAGCACUUGGCUUCUCGUUUCAAUAAGCCAGACGCUGAGAUUGUUGACCACUACACAUAUGUUAUACUUGGUGAUGGUUGCCAGAUGGAGGGUAUCUCAAAUGAAGCUUGUUCCCUUGCUGGUCACUGGGGACUUGGAAAGCUGAUUGCUUUCUAUGACGAUAAUCACAUCUCCAUUGACGGAGACACAGAAAUUGCUUUCACUGAGGAUGUCUCUGCUCGUUUCGAGUCUUUAGGAUGGCACGUUAUCUGGGUGAAGAACGGUAACACAGGUUAUGAUGAGAUUCGUGCAGCCAUUAAGGAAGCUAAAUCUGUCAAAGACAAACCUACUAUGAUCAAGGUAACAACAACCAUUGGUUUUGGCUCUCCUAACAAGGCAAACUCUUACAGUGUGCACGGCAGUGCACUUGGAGCAAAGGAAGUAGAGGCAACUAGAACUAACCUGGGAUGGCCUUAUGAGCCUUUCCAUGUGCCUGAAGAUGUGAAGAGCCAUUGGAGCCGUCAUACAUCCGAGGGUGCUGCCCUUGAAAUUGAAUGGAAUGCUAAGUUUGCUGAAUAUGAGAAGAAGUACCCAGAGGAAGCUGCAGAUUUGAAAUCCAUCAUUACUGGUGAACUACCUGCUGGCUGGGAGAAAGCUCUUCCUACUUACACUCCCGAGAGCCCAGCUGAUGCCACCAGAAACUUGUCACAACAAAAUCUUAAUGCUCUUGCCAAGGUUCUACCUGGUUUCCUUGGUGGUAGUGCUGAUCUUGCCUCAUCAAACAUGACUCUUUUGAAAAUGUUUGGUGACUUCCAGAAGAACACUCCAGAAGAGCGUAAUUUAAGGUUUGGCGUUCGUGAACAUGGUAUGGGAGCCAUAUGUAAUGGGAUUGCUCUACAUAGCCUUGGCUUGAUUCCUUAUUGUGCUACCUUCUUUGUGUUCACUGACUAUAUGAGAGGAGCCAUGAGAAUUUCAGCCUUGUCUGAAGCUGGAGUUAUUUAUGUUAUGACUCACGAUUCAAUUGGUCUAGGAGAAGAUGGGCCAACUCAUCAACCCAUUGAGCACUUGGCAAGUUUCCGUGCCAUGCCCAACAUUCUGAUGUUCCGUCCAGCAGAUGGCAAUGAGACAGCAGGAGCAUACAAGGUGGCUGUCCUCAAGAGGAAGACACCAUCAAUCCUUGCCCUCUCUCGGCAAAAGUUGCCACAACUUGCUGGAACUUCUAUUGAUGGAGCAGCAAAGGGUGGCUACAUUGUAUCAGACAAUUCUUCAGGCAACAAACCUGACAUCAUUUUGAUUGGUACUGGCUCAGAGUUAGAAAUUGCCGUCAAGGCUGCUGAUGAACUAAGGAAAGAAGGAAAGAGAGUGAGGGUUGUUUCCUUUGUUUGUUGGGAGCUUUAUGAUGAACAAUCAGCUGACUACAAGGAAAGUGUCCUUCCAGCAUCUGUUACAGCUAGAGUUAGCAUUGAAGCUGGAUCAACAUUUGGGUGGCAAAAACAUGUUGGAGACAAAGGAAAAGCCAUUGGGAUCAACGGGUUUGGUGCUAGUGCUCCUGCUGGAACGAUAUAUAAAGAAUUUGGUAUUACAGCAGAGGCUGUUGUAGCUGCAGCUAAAGAAGUUUCUUAGGCAAUGUUGCUUGGUUGCUGGUGGUCUGCUGAAUUUGUUCCAUUAGGUUAUGAGAGGGGAGCUAAUGGUCGAAACGACAUCAAAUGGAUAAUAAAUCCAAGAUUAGGAUAGAAAUUAGGCACAUUGAUGUUCCUAAACUUGUACACUACAUAUGUGGAGUUUGUAAUUUCAUUUGGAUCAUUGAUAAAGAUGUCGCUUUCGCGAUUGGAGUUUCAUGUGUCUCUGGCAAUAAGAUUUUUGUUAUCCUUC